AUGAUUGUUAUUACCGUGAUACGACUUCAAAACCUCACCCUACAACGCGGCAGCAAAAUUUUAUUACAUCAGAGCCAACUCACGCUUAACCCACAAGAACGCGUCGGCUUGAUUGGUAUUAACGGUGCAGGCAAAUCCUCUUUAUUUGCUUUAUUGCGCGGGCAGUUCCCACCCGAUGCAGGGGAUAUCCUUAUUCCACCAACUUGGCAAAUUGCCCAUGUGGCGCAAGAAACCCCAGCUAGCGAGCAAACGGCAUUGGAAUAUGUUUUAGCGGGGGACACGAUCUUACAGCAAACCCAAACGGCCAUUUUAGCGGCAGAACAGUCGGGUGAUGGCGAGAUGCUGGCUAAGCUACAUGCUCAAUACCAAGAUAUUGGCGGGUACACAGCCAAGAUGCGUGCCGAAAGCUUAUUGCAUGGUCUCGGAUUUAAACCUCACGAAACCGAGCACCCCGUUUCUUCUUUUUCGGGGGGCUGGCGGAUGCGAUUAAAUUUAGCCCAAGCACUGAUGUGCCCAUCGGAUUUGCUUUUGUUAGACGAACCGACCAAUCACUUAGAUCUCGACGCGAUCAUUUGGCUCGAAGACUGGCUGUUACGCUAUCAAGGCACUUUAAUGGUAAUUUCUCAUGACCGCGAAUUUUUAGAUAGUGUGUGCAACGUCAUUGUACACAUUGAUCAACAAGCUCUAAAAAGGUAUGGUGGCAAUUACUCCCAAUUUGAAGUGCAACGCGCACAACAACAGAACUUGCAACAAAGUGCUUUUGUCAAACAGCAAAAACAAAUUGAACAUUUACAAAGCUUUAUCAUCCGGUUUAAAGCCAAAGCCACCAAAGCCAAGCAAGCGCAAAGCCGUAUCAAACAACUCGAACGCAUGGAGCAACUCGCACCAAUACGCCUUGACCGUUCCUUUGAGUUUGAGUUUCUCACCCCUGAUGCCGCCCCUAAUCCGUUAUUGGAUAUGGCCUUGGUCGAUUGUGGCUACGAAACAAAUCGAGCCAUUUUACAGCGCGUCACCCUCACCAUCCAGAACGGGCAACGGAUUGGACUUUUGGGUGCAAAUGGACAAGGUAAAUCCACGCUGAUUAAAACCAUCGCAGCUGAAAUCCAACCUCUUUCUGGCAAUAUACAGCUGGGGAAAGGACUACAAAUUGGUUAUUUUGCACAGCACCAACUCGAAACCUUACGCCCACAAGACACUCCACUGGAACAUUUAAAUCGGCUCGCACCAAACGAACGUGAACAGGUUUUACGCGAUUUUCUAGGACGAUUUAAUUUUCCAGGCACGAUGGCCACCAGCCCCAUUGAACCUUUAUCAGGGGGGGAAAAAGCCCGUUUAGCUCUAGCGCUUAUUGUUUGGCAA